GAGAGAUGCCAGUGUUUCAUGAACAGCCAUGUCUGGCAGAAGUGUUCCAAGGUAGCAUUUUCCUGUGAAGUGAAGUAACUCGUCCGUGUGAGUGUGUGGGGUUUGGAGUUCACUCCCAGCUUUUCCUGUGAUUUUAUUCGCUCUGAGUUAGCAUCUUUCUUCACUAUUCAUCUACUAGUUGUGUCCAAGGAUGACUUCAAAGGAGCGCACUGCCUUUGGAUACAAUGAUGAUGAUGAAAGUGAUACGGAGUCAAUUGAUUCUUCUGUCAAUCAGAUGGUCUGCCGCUCAGAUAUCAAAACAGGACCGACUUCUGAUACAGAAGAGGAAGGUCUUUCUAAUGUAAAAUACCAGCCUGCUGAAUUUUUGGAUUUGUCCAAGCACAAUUCUUACAAUAAAACCAGUUUUGUGUCUGGUGUCACAGAAAUUGACCUCACCGACGAGGAAAUGACCAACAGUGGUGCCAACAAUGGUUAUCAUUCGGAUUCAAACAGUGGCUCCUCAUCAUCCUCUUCCUCCUCUUGUUCAUCUGACUCGGAUUGUUCUAGCUGCUCCAGUGAGUCCAAAUAUUCCCUAUCUGACAAUAAUGGUCGGUCCUCUGAAGAAGAAGGAAACCGGCCUAAAUUUACUUGUAACAUCUGUAUGAAAACUUUUGCCUCUAACAGUACGCUAAAACGACACAUACGAGCAGAUCAUUCUGACGAAAAAGAUCAUUAUCCUUGUUCUGUGUGUGAGAAAAAGUUUCCCUCAGUUGUGCAUUUGAAAAGACACUAUCUAACACAUUUUAGUGGAACUGCGCCCCUAUCAUGUAAGCUUUGUGGGAAAACUUACUCCCAAAAAAUGCAGCUUGUUGGUCAUAUGGCAGUCCACAGUAAAGAAAACCGAAAAGUCACCUGUUCUAUUUGUAACAAAAAAUUCACAAGUAAGUCUAUUCUGAAAGAACAUGAGCUCGCCCAUGCUAAUGGGCAAUUACACGCUUGUGAAGUGUGCGGUAGGUCCUUCAAACUCAAAUCAUACUUACUUGUGCAUGAACGCACUCACUCAGUGACAAAACAAUACACAGGUGAUAGACCAUUCGCGUGUAAUGUCUGCGGGAAAUCAUUUUUAAGUAAUAGUAAUUUAGAACUGCACUCACUUGUGCAUGCUUAUGAAAAAACCACUUUUCCGUGUGAUGUUUGUGGUAAAAUAUUUUAUAGAAAGUCCAAUUAUGUUGCCCACUCUAAAGUGCACAGACCUGUCUGCCAGGAUUAAUUACGGCACAAAUUUAAAGACAAUCUUGGAAUUGUUUCAUUUAUCCACACAUCGUGUUGAAAGUUUCUUAAAUUUUUAUUCUUUAUUACUUAAUUGAUUACCUAGUCUAAAUUUAGAAUUUACCUGAUUCAAUUGGUUCAAUUGAUAAGUUUUGAAUGUGCUACUGAUAAAUAUUUAUAUAUUUUUUUUUUUUUGUCUUUUAUACGUCCCAGCUUGAGAAGUAAUUUGUAAUGACACUGGUUAAAAAUACAUAUAUGUUUUUAUAUGUAGUUGAAAUGUAUUCUGCCUGACGGAAUUUUUUAAAAUGCGUCACAUUAUACUUAACUGAAACCUGUUUUGUUGUGGACUUGAUCUCUUAUUUGUUUGUUUUUAAUCGCGAAGAGCUUACUUUACCUAUUCAAAGAAUGUAAAUGAUGUGUGUAUGUAUUUAUGUUGUCAAUCUACUUGAAUUAUUGUAAGUUAAUCUUCAGCUAGCUGAGCUAUAUUCUUUGUUUUAAUAACUCUGUAAUUGGUUUCCUGUGUAACGCAAUCAGAGCCACUAAGGUUUUCUUCAUUGUUCCUCAACAGAUUUUGCAAUGUAAAUUGUUUUUCUGUUGGGGGUAAUUUUAAAUGGAUUUGAUAACUCCUUAGAUAAAUCAGAGGGUAAGAAAAUUUGGUACAAACACGGUUGGUAAGCACUGUCCCAGUUCUGAAUCGGCUGUCUAGCAGAAGUUAGAGUCCCUGUAUAACCAGAUUAGCUCAAGAUGGAAUCCACUUCUUAUAAGCGCUUGUUUUUAGGCUUCAUGAAUGUCAUAACCAGGCAAGAAGAUUACUUAUUUAACGAAAGCAAAUAUUUCAAACUGGAAUAGACCAGGGAACUGAGGACAUAGCGAGGAACAAAUGAAUAGAGGGGGAGAAUGUAGAAAAGGAAUCUGGGAAUGAGUUGAUCAAAGAUAACAAAAAAAUUGCUUAGUGAAUAAUCUUCUUGCCUCUUUGCAACGCCCUUGAGCAGAGAUUGUACAACUCUGGUUAUAAGGAACUCUAGCAGAGUUUGCCCUUUCACUAUCUUGUACAUCCAAAAAGGCUCUAAAUCUAGAAUAUCGGUAUUCAUUUCUUGCGUUUGAUAAAAGCAGGCCUCGCAGCAUCUUUUCAGGAAUUAAUGCCUCUUCUGAUGGUAAAAAUACUUUGCUAUGUUAUCAGUGCAAUCUAGCUGCAUUGUUUUAAUCUAUCAAAUAAGAGGUGUUAGUUUUACUAGAAAAAGGCUAGAGCAAAUUUUCCUGACAAAGAUAAGCACCAAGUGGAAAGAAAGAAAGUGUAAAAGCACUGAGCUCAUCAAGCAGUUCAUAAAACGCUAGGAAGUGGCUUGUUCUCAAUGACGCUGUGGUUCACCUGUAUUAAAGUUGUCAAAAGCGAGGCGCCUGGUUUUAUUGAGGUAUAUUUGAUCUCUUUGAAACUGAUGCAAUUCAGAAUACGCGCAUCCCCAGGUUCUUAUGCAACAUUUUAAAGCAAGUACAGAACGUGCACAAAGUAAUCUUUAAAUUCUGUUGUAUGAAAAAGCUAUUAAUAUUAUACCUAUCAAGUAUUUUUUUCACAACGUUGGAACAGUGAAUUAGUUAUCUAAUGUAAUUUAUUUCAAAAUUUUAUUUAUUAUAAAUGUUUAUCUUAUUUCAAUUUUAAGAUAGCAGUGUUUUUCCUUCUGAAAGAUUUAAUGCUGCAUCUAUGCAUCAUCAAAUGGAGCUACCAGUGCUGAUGUAACUUUUUGAGCUAAUGCCCUUAAGCACUCAUCAUUCAUUGUUCUGAUUCAACAGCAAAAUAAAGUUUUCAGUCAUGCAAAGUAAAAUUGGAGUCUGAGGGAAUAUUCAACCAAUUGAAAACUCUGGUUCAUAACAGUUAGGUAAUGAUCUCUUUUCAAUCCUCGGUCACUAUUGAUCUAAUUGCAAUAUUUAACUGAUUUCACAACUGAAUGAGCAAUUUCGCUAAGGCUAGCUUUCUGUAACGGAGCUCCUAAUUUUUGCAAGAAAAUUUCUCAGAAAUGUCUGCGUUUUCAAUCUGUCACAAGUUAGUUCUGAACUUAAUCUCGGGUCAUAAUUUUUUUUCUUAUUUUUAGGUUUUUUAGAAGUUUUUUCCCCCUUAUCUCACUAUGACCUGUAGCUAACUUCAGUUAAUAUUUCACCAUUGUCUUGCAUAUUUUCUUGGACUGCUGUUGAAUGAAGGAAGAAGAAAAAAACGACCCAAAUCUUGAAAAUUCUCCUAAGUGCAAACAAACGAUUGAAGUUAUUUUGAAUGAAUUCGAUUUUACCUUCCUGAUAUUGUCAACAAAAAGAGAAAUCGAGUCACAUGUUUAUGGGCCUUGUAUAUUCUUUUAUAAUAGUGUAUGUUUUAUUCUUAUUUUUCUCUCUUCACCCUGCUAAGUGCUUUACUUCAUAAUGUUGCUGUAAAUCAUAUGCAUAUGCAUACCCCAGUUGAAAUUAUGAAUGUCCUCUGACAAGUAUUGAUUGUAGCCUCUCAGAUAGCCUCUCCUAAUUACUGAUUUAUGAUUAAAUUCUACAGAAAUUUUAGAAUGUUCGUACCACAUGUUUUAAGAAAAGUUAACAAAGUCUUAUAUCAUCUGUCAUCAGGGGUGCAAAAAGCUCUGAAGAACUCAGUUUCUUCAAAAAAUUCAGUUUUAGGCAGCUAUUCGGGAUUUCUUCCUUAUAAUCUCAGGUCUUUGUCUCUAGUUUUUAUGCCAUCCGACGGACUGUAGUUUUUUUUCUUUAUGUUGAAGUUAUUUUGUUCAAAGUUUAAGAAUGUUCCCUCAAUUAUUGUUGAUUUUGAGAUCAGAUAUUUUUGCAUCCCUGUCUGGCAUUUUCGAUCAGUGCUAAGCAAUCUUUCCUUGCAAUUUUGCCAAAUCGGGUUUUUCUGUUAUCUUUGAGCACACUCUCUAAUUAUGAAGAACUGGUGCUAAAGAGUCAAGUGAUUUCUCCUUUUCCUACUCUCCUCCAAAAUUUGAAAAAUUGGCUCAAUCAGUUUGCUGCGAAUAGUAACUUCAAUGGACGAUUUGAGAAACCACGUCUCUCCAUACAAUGUUUCAAAAUUUUCACUCUUAUCUAAUUUUUACGAAGAGAAACGAGCUAGAUUUUCAGCUUAAAAUUCAUUCAUAAUAUUCUGCUGACAGAAAAGAAAAAUCAAGGAAAUUUUUAAGAAAUUGUGUUGACUAGUUUUUGAAAGGAAAAAUAAAACAUGACAGGUAGGUGUUGGAAACUGAGGUACGUGGUUUCGCACUUCGACCAUCGUUACGUACCUUCAAAGUCUUGGCUCUUAACUUUUUCCUGUAUAGCGUAUAUUCAUAUAUUUACUUGGGGUUUUCAAGCAAGUUUUAGGCCCAUAAUGUAAGAAUCUUCACCCCUGAUUACUUGGCUCCCAUUUGUUGGGAAAAUAUUGUCUGCAGAACAGUCAAAAAAUCCAUGUACUCGUAAGUCGGUUUUGGAUCUUGUUCCAGAAAGUUUCCCCCUAAAACUUUUAACACUGUUACCUUUAUUACUAAAAUAAACAUACAAAUUUGUGAACCUUCAUUCAAGUUCGUGUAUGAUCAAAUCCUCAGAUUGCUUUUAAGUUGUUUCAGUAGGUAACCAUUAAAAAAUAUUUCUUCCCCCGUCAACCAGAAGAAUAUAAUGAGGCAUUGAGAGCAUUAUUUUUUUUUUCGUUGUUCUUGUAGAUAGUGAUCUAAGGCCUCAUCUGAAAUGUUAAACUAAGCACUGUCCUGUUUUCAUGCUUGAAAAAAGGAACUGAAACAGGCCUUAAAACUGAAACACUGAAAUUAUUGUAUCCUCGAAAAAAAAAAGAAACUUGAAGUGUUUGUGAAUGACUGUUUUUUUUUUUUUUUUUUUUUUUGCUCAUCAUAGUUAAAAAUUUGUUUUGUUUCAAUGAAAAGGCAUAAGUCUUUAAUUUAUCUGGUUAUAAGGUUUGAUCACCUUGCAUUGUCAGCGAAUCUAUAUCUGUGCAAUAAGACCAGCAAUUUUCAAAUUUUGUGCUAAAUUUCUAUGACUUAAGGAGCUAAUAAUAUUAGCAAAUUUUACCCAGGUAGUGGAAAAUAAAUUAUUAUUUAUUUAAUACUAUCAUCAAUUUAUUUUAAUUUUUUUCAGCCCUCUUUUUAGAAUGAAAAUGCCAAAAAUAAACCCACCCGAUUUCAGUCCAUUAGCGGUUGAUAAUUUUGGUACUAAAUAAUGCAGCAAGCUGCAAAUGUUGAAUGGAGUUAUUAUUUGUAGAAAACAUUGAAAUCGUGUAUCUAGUAAUAAUCGGUCAAAUCAUUGUGAUACAAAAAUUAGCUUCAAAUUUAGAGGUCAUGAUAAGGGUUUUUUCUCUGUCUCUUAUUCUCAUUAUACUUUUUUUCCUUGCUCUUUUUUAAUCAGCGUGUAAUAUGUAUCAUGAAAAGAUAUUAUACUCAUUGCUUUUCUUUAAAACUUCUUUUUUUAUUUUUAAUCACUGUUACACUGUUUCUGAGUUAAAUCAUUUGAAUUUAUAUUAUUUGAUGUUUAUGAGAAUCUCUUGAGACAUUGUGAAUGUAUCACUCUUAUCCAGCAGGUUGUAACUGAUCACAAUCAAGUGAACACACAUUUCUAUUAAUUAGCGAUUAGUAGAGAUAAUUUCUAUUACAUUGUCAGAUUUCUAAGUAGCUGCUCAGUGCUCUGAUACAUCCUCAAGGUGUAAAAUUUUAGUUUCUCGAGCUUUUGACUUAGUGAGUUCCCUUUUUUGCUUGCUAUCCAAUAAAUGCGUUCAAUCCAUAUUUUUGUUGGUGUAUGAAAUCGUAGAAUUUACUAGAUCUCUUGAUUUAUUUGCAUCCAGUUAAGUUGUUGGUAAUUUUUCAAAAUUAAAAAAAUUUGACGAAAACUGUCUUUAAAUCAAGACUAUUUACUUUUACGUAAUUUUAUUUUUCUCUGACACGUAUCACCGUAUAUGUACAGCUAAUUUUUAAGUAAGUAAUUAUCUCUUUGUAAUUUACCUAUUGACUGUGAAACCAUGAAAAUGAGUAUCUCACUUGUGGUGUUUCAAAGCUUCCACAUCAAUUCUAUUUUCUUAGGAGGGAGGCUUUUGUCUAAAUUUUUUGAGAAAAUUGUUAGGCAAGCUAAGAAAAUCUUAUAGAAUUUUUUUCAAUGACGAUAAUCAGGCGCCAUUUUAAAGAAAAAAAAUUUGCAAUCUAAGGUAACAUAAUUUUGUGGUUUCACUAUCGUUAUACUAUCAAUUCGCUGUUAUCCUUUUCUGCUUCUUUUUUAUUUGUUUUAUUCACAAAUUUUCUGAUAAUAGUUGAACUUUCUAACCUCUAUGAUAAUUUGAAACUUCACAUUGCAAUACAAUUUUUGUUUAUUCUGUAAGAUUAUAUUUUUCUGAUUUCCAUUGUUUAAUAUUUAUCUGCUCUUUCAUUUGAUUUUUCUCGCUGAUUGUGAGUUGUAAGUCAUAUUGCCAUUCAAAGGACCAUGCACACAAUACCAAAAAAUUUGGUGCCAGCUAAAUUUCGAUGUUUCUUUUAUUAUGUUCUUACGGCCUUCUGAGCACAAUAAGCUUCAAAAAUGAACUCUCUAUGUGCCCUCUAGAGAAAUGAGAGGCAGAAACGAUAAUUUGUCUGCAUAUUUACAUGAAAUAUCUGGUAGAAAUAUUGCAACAUCCUAUUGUUGAUGAGGAUAUCUUUUGUUUCCUCACAGGCCCGAGAGAUGACACAGACGUUGAAAAUGGAAUUCCUGCGAACGAUAAGAGCGCUUAGUGCACACACUAAGCAACAGUCCCCCAUUUCCAUCAAAAAACACGUGAAAGAGGACCAAAAAAUUUACCUUUCAACAAUUUAACCCUGCUUUUCUCAAGUUUGGUACAUCGAAUGUUCAAUUUUAAAAGCUCAUCGUUUUAAAAGAGGCCAUGAGAGAUAACAUUAAAAAAUGCGAAAUGUAGCAAGCUUGGUAUUGUGAGCAUAGUCUUUUCAACUCUGUGUACAAAUUAGUCUAUCUUUGAAUUCUCUUUUUAUUUGUAAUUACAUUACCGGUAAUUGCAGUUCAUUUUUAUGAAGCUUGAUCAAUUUAUGUAUUUUACUAUGUAUUAUUACAAAAUUAUUAUUCACAAAAUUCCCUUUUGAAAUGUGUGAGAGUGAGGAGAAUAAAGUUUUACUAGACCAUUUGAAAUUGUGAUAUGGAAAGUGCUAAAAAUUGUCAUUGAUUUUAUUUAUAUCAUGUUGUAUGUUGCGACGCUUACAUCAACACCUAGAAGUCGUAAUACUGUGGCUACAUUUUCAUUGGUUUGAGGUACCAAGGAAUCAAAAUAUUGAAUUACAUCCCUUGUAUGCAUAGUGAAUACAUGUUGAGCAUUCAAGAAGCUUUUUUUCUGAAAUGGUAGCCACUUAUGUUGUGGCUGCUGGCUACAAGUGUUUACUGUAAUUGUAGAAUUGAUAUCAAGUGAACAUCUUGUCAAAUACAUUUUAAGGUAUGCACAAGCCAAAUAGUGCUUCCAAGCUCCUCCCCUCGGCAUCAUGCCUACUUUUAAAAGCAUUGUUCAAAUGUACAUAAUCGAGACAGAAAGUAACUUUUCAGGCUUUGUUUCUUGAAACUUGCUUAUAAUUUUUCGUUCUGAAUCAUGAUUUUUUUUUCUUUAAUUAUUAUCAUUACUAACGAUGUAGUUCUCAGGAAAUUUUCGAAAAUUUGAAAAACCUUGUAACUCCUCUUUCUCGACUUUUUUCUCCAGAAAACUAAUUGAUCUGCGCUUGAAUAUUAUUUUCCUGUAAUUUGUGAAAGAGCUUAGUCAAUUUGUGUUAGAAUUCAUCUGCAAAAUUAAACAAGCUCCAUUUUUCGAAAAAGAACCUAUAGAAUCUUUCCCACCACCAAGAUCACCAAAAAUAUGUAUACCUGAAAUGUUUCAUCUUGCACAACUUUACUUAGGAUGAAUAAAGCAGAAAUAAAUGGGUGUGUCACUUGAAUAUUAUACAUUAAGUCUCCUUAAACUUAUAUGGCCCAUUCUAGUUAAUUUUGAUAGCUUUGACUCUCACCGUUAUAUCUACUUUCACGCCAUUCAAUUAUGUUGAGUUUUCCUGUAAAAAUUACCGGAUAAUUAUCGCAGUUUUUAAACGAAUAAAUCAUUCCUUUUAGCUUCAUAAUGUUGAUUAUUUCUCUUUUUCCGAACUCAUUGCUUUGUGCAAUUACAUUCAGUGUCUCAAUGACUAACUUCCAAAAACAGAAGCAUAACCAUGAAGAGGAGUCAUUGGGUAGGGGAUUUGGACCCCCUUCCUCUCCCAUGACUUGAAACCUUUCCGAGAAACAACCAGUCUCUGUCAAUUGAGGCAAUUUUGUAUAUAAAUACAUAUUCAAUCAGAAAUGUAAUACCCCACUCGCCCUCCAAGAAAAACUCCAGGUCAUGCCACUGUCAUCAUAAAAUCUAGAUUUAUAAUAGACAUAUGGACCAUAAUAUCCCCGAAAACAUCUGCACACUGGUUGUAGGUUUUGUUCUCAAUACAUACUGGUCUCAAAAUCACAACGUAAAUUAUCAGCAACAUCGAUAUUCAUUCUUUAGUAACAAGUGAUAACAGAUAUUCAUAAAUAAGAUCUUCCAAUAAUAGAUGGAAAACUGAAUUUUUAAAAUUAAACUAAAUUUUUAACGAUGGAAAACUUAUUUUAAUCACACCCAAGUACAUUAAGUGGAGUGAAAUUUAUGAUCUUUACCCAAUUGUUCUCGAUUUUUACAUUGAACAUGAUAGAAAAAUGCACUUGCCUAGUUGUGUAAUGAACAUAAACACAUAUCGAUGGUGAAACUGUAGAAAUGUGUACCUCCCAUUUGAUAUGCUGCAGAUCUCUGGCCACGAUUUAUUCUCUAAAUGAUUAAAUACAUGAUGUCAUUUUUUUAUUUUAAAAAAAAAACGAAUUUUUCAGCUCCGUGAAAAGAAUAUUAUUUAGAAAUUUCAAGCAAUAGUAUCAGCUCAUUCUCCCUUAAGAACAAGAAAUGGGAGCGGUGACUUUAAAACACCGCCAACGAGUUAUGCAUUUUGUAGUUUCACUGUCGAUAUUUCAAAUUUAGAGAGCACAUGAUCUCUUAUUUUUAAGUGUAUCACUCUCACGAUGGAUGGUUGUAGUUUUCAUUAUUGGUAACUAGCAUUAAUUAAUAAUUUAAUGAAAGCAAUACCCAGUGAUGCACAACAGUCUCAGGAUUUGGUGGCUGAAAAGUGAUGAUAGCCCUCCCAUUUUCCUUAGGACUUCACAUGUUCAGUGGUCGCAUCUAAAUCAGAAUGAAAUGAAAGAAUAAAAAAGAUUGUGACUUGCUUCUUCUUUAAGUUUAGGUACUUUUUAAAGCUUUGCGAUAAAAUUAUUUAAGUCUUUGCUUCUUAGUGAACGUAGUUGUUUUCAUGAAUUUUAAAUUCAGCAGUUUUGUAUUUUUCGUCUAAAAGGGAAUGAUUCUAAAGAAAUUACUCGAGCAUUCUCUCAUAUCUCUUCCUCAAUCUUUCCUCUUUGUUUUAUUUGUUAAGUAGGCAAUUAAUAAUUUAUUUAUUUAUAUUCACUUUCAGUCAUCCUAGACAUAGUAAACUAUAAUGAUUUUUGCCAAUGCCUAAACUAUGAAGUUAUGAGUUUGGAAAAUUCAUGGAAGAACUCAUUUGCACAUUUUGUAAAUGAUUGUUUUAGUUGUCGCCUGAAAGAACAAAUAAUAAACGAAAACUGACGAAA